CACCAAUUUUCAUUCACAAAAAUCUUGCAGCCUUUGGCUUUGUUAAGGGUUUAACCUCUCUUCACUCUCCUUCUCCCAUUUUCUAUAUUUCAAACCCUAAUUCUAAUGUUUACCCCCUUUUGAAUUCACACACCCCUUUUCAAUUCGGUUUAUCAAUUUCAAUGGCUAGAGGUUCAAUUUCAUCGAUUUUCCUCUUAUACACACGAAAAAAACGAACCUUUUCAACCCUUAAACCUCUUCUCUUCAAUCACACACACAGUUCAUCUUCAAAUUCACAAUUUCAUGGCCAUUUUCGCCAUUUUUCGACCCAUUUAAUAAAAUCUCGUUUUUGUCCUAGUUUGUGUCAAACAUUGAAUUUUUAUGGUGGUAGAAGCAUUCCCAUCAGACCCUUUUCGACAGACGGCGAGGAGGGUUGUAAAGAAGCUGAUUUGGAUACCGAAAUCGAAAAGGGUGCCGGUGAAAAUGAUGAAUUUGAGCUUGGAAAUGAGGUCAGUGAUGAUGUUUAUGGUUUAUCUGAAAAUGGGGUUGAUUUAGAUUAUGGUAAUGAUGAUUGUGAUUCAGAGAUUAUUGAUUCUGUAGAAUGUAGUAAUAGUAAUAGUAGUAGUAGCGGUAGUAGCAGUAACGUCGAUGAAUUAGAGAAUAAGAGUGAGGUUGUUGAUUUUACGCACGUUGCGUCCCGUGAUCCUAUUGAAUUGUAUGGUGAGCUAAAGAAUGUGAAAAAGGGUGCAAAGUUGACUAGAGAUGAGGUGGAAGUGUUUCAAGAUGUGUUUCAUUAUUUUGCUAAAUCGGGUUGGGCUUCGAAUCAAGCACUUGCGAUGUACAUUGGUUUGUCUUUUUAUCCGACGGCUGCACACAAGUUUCGGAAUUUUUUCAUGAAGAGAUGUCCGGAGGAUGUUACUAAGUACUUGAUUUCGCUUGGACCGUGUGAUGAGGCUGUGAAGUUUUUGUUUCCUAUAUUUGUUGAGUUUUGUUUGGAAAAUUUUACUGAUGAGAUCACGAGGUUUAGGGAGAUGGUUAAGUCGGCUGACCUCACGAUGCCUCAUACUUGGUUUCCUUUUGCAAGGGCGAUGAAAAGAAAAAUAAUUUAUCAUUGCGGGCCUACUAAUAGUGGUAAGACUUAUAAUGCUUUGCAGAGGUUUAUGGAGGCGAAGAAGGGUAUUUAUUGUAGUCCACUUAGAUUGUUGGCUAUGGAAGUUUUUGAUAAAGUUAAUGCGAAGGGUGUUUAUUGUAGUCUGUUAACUGGUCAAGAGAAGAAGUAUUUACCAUUUUCAAAUCAUGUUGCGUGUACUGUUGAAAUGGCUUCGACGCAGGAAUUGUAUGAAGUGGCUAUUGUUGAUGAAAUUCAGAUGAUGGCAGAUCCGUAUAGAGGUUAUGCAUGGACUAGGGCGCUCCUUGGUUUGAUGGCUGACGAGAUACAUUUAUGCGGUGAUCCUAGUGUUUUGGAUAUUGUUCGAAAGAUCUGUCAGGAAACAGGAGAUGAUUUGUAUGAGCAACAUUAUGAGAGGUUCAAACCGUUGGUAGUCGAAGCAAAGACCCUGCUUGGAAAUCUUGAAAAUAUUAAAUCUGGGGACUGUGUUGUUGCCUUCUCAAGGAGAGAGAUAUUUGAGGUUAAAUUAGCUAUCGAGAAACACACUAAUCAUAAAUGUUGUGUGAUAUACGGAGCUUUGCCACCAGAGACUCGUAGGCAGCAAGCUAAUUUGUUCAACGAUCAAAGUAAUGAAUAUGACGUUCUAGUAGCUAGUGAUGCAGUGGGGAUGGGCCUUAACCUUAACAUUCGAAGGGUGAUUUUUAAUAACCUUUCAAAGUACAACGGUGACAAAAUUCUUCCUGUUCCAGCGUCACAGGUUAAGCAAAUUGCCGGAAGAGCUGGUCGAAGAGGAUGUGUUUAUCCCGAUGGACUCGCCACUACUUUGCAUUUAGAGGAUUUGGAUUACUUGAUCGAGUGUUUGAAACAACCCUUUGAUCAUGUGGAGAAGGUUGGCCUUUUUCCUUAUUAUGAGCAGGUUGAAUUGUUCGCCGGACAACUUUCUAACAUGACAUUCAGCCAGCUUUUAGAAAAAUUCGGUGAAAAUUGCCGUUUAGACGGAUCGUACUUCUUGUGUCGACAUGAUCAUAUAAAGAAAAUCUCUAAUAUGUUAGAGAGGAUUCCAGGGUUAUCUUUAGAAGAACGAUUCAACUUCUGUUUUGCUCCUAUUAAUGUUAGGGACCCAAAAGCUAUGUACCACUUACUCAGAUUUGCUACAGCGUUUGGUCAGAAGGUUCCCGUCAACAUAGCUAUGGGCAUGCCAAAAUGUUCGGCACGGAAUGACUCAGAACUCCUAGACCUUGAGAGUAGGCAUCAAGUGUUAUCUUCGUAUAUGUGGUUAUCAAACCACUUUGAUAAGGAAAAAUUUCCAUAUGCGGAGAAAGCCCAAGCAAUGGCUGCGGAUAUUGCUAUCUUACUUGCUCAAUCUCUUAGAAAAGCUGAUUGGAAACCUGAAUCAAGGGGGAGAGGGAAACCAAAAGCUGCAGAUAGUGAAGAGCCGCAAACAGAAUCAAGAAGUGAUACUUUAGAAACUGAAAAGAAGAAUCGUGGUUAUUCAAGACCACAGUCUCUUGUUAAAGUAUAUGAACAGAAACGGCAGAAAGUGUUGUUUACACUCUGAUUGUUUAAAGAAGAUAAAUGCAUAAUAUGAUGACUUUGGAGGUCAUAAUCAACAACAACUGCAAUUUAACAACUUAUACCGACUAUUCACAUAAAUUUAUUGUACUUUUUCAGCCAAAGCUGUGGCUUAGACCAUGUUGGGAAUGCAUGAAAAAAAGACGACUUUAGGAUUGAAGGAUAUUGACAUUCAUAGAAGAUAGAGAACAAGGAAAGAUACAAACAAGUAGGAAUUAUGCAAGUUUAGUUUUUCAGAUAAACAAAAUUGGAGCUUUGUUAGGUGCCUGAAGUAAUAUGCUCUGUUUCAAAUGUAGACUAGAAAUUUUGGUAUAAGCUUCAUCAAAAAGUUUAUUAUUUAAUUAUGCUUUGGUAGCUAAAGAGGCUUGUUGCCUUGAGAAAUGAGGGGUGGUCAGGACCUAGGGUAGUAUGCAACAUUGAUUUGAAAAAGUAGAGCCCCAAGAUAUGAACAAGCUUUUGUUAAAAGGUAGGCAUCACACUCAAUAAAUGCAUCUCUCAAGUAGUAGGAGAAAAAAAAAUGUUAUAUGGCUUAAUUUGUUUUCAUAUUUAAAUAACAAAAUUAUUGUCUCCUAGUUUGUAUUUGUUUCAUGUUUUUAUAAAGAUUUUGUACUUGAAACAAGGUAGCAAGGAUGCUUCUAGGGUGAAGUAUUUUGUGUGAAUCAUGGUGAAUCAUUUUUAGAUCAA